UCCAUACCUUGGGACCACUUGUCCCUCACAUUUCAACACGCUAUUGAGAUUUCGCACCGCCUUGGAGUAGACUAUAUCUGGAUUGACAGUCUUUGUAUCAUUCAGGACGAUAUCAGUGAUUGGGCUCGCGGAGCGGCAACCAUGUGUGACGUAUAUACAAAUUCCUAUCUCACUAUAGCAGCCACGAACUCGGACAGUGGGGAGGGUGGCUGUUAUUCUGUCACGGGUACCCGCUCCGGUCACGACCACUCAUUUUCGACCACACCAGAUCGUCUGUACACCGUGCAUGCCCGCAAGCCAUUGCCUCACUUCAAUGAUUUCCACAAGCUCGAAGAUGAGACGGCAUGAUUGCCACUAUUGGCCCGCGCCUGGAUUUUCCAAGAAAGAAGUUUGUCAGUUCGUUUCGUGCAUUUUGGUCCAAAGGGCUAUUGUGGGAGUGCGUGACGACUAGAACAUGCGAGUGCACGGCAUGGUCCGAGUACACCGAUGGCGUGGAAAAA